UUUUAUUUCAGUUAAGAGUUAAAAUUCCAUCAAUAUUUUUCAAGACUUCGUAAUCACCCAUAUAAAAUAUUCAAUGUUAUUUAAAACAUAUAUAAAAUGCAUGACAAUUACUGCACUUAUAUCUUUAUUAUCAGCAUUGAUUCUGACGUAUAUAUUUAUAACAAACGAUAAUUCCAAAGAGUAUAUCAAGCCAAUAGAUAUAAAAUAUAUUUUGUUGUGGACGUCACCUUAUACGCGGCCAUUCUCGUCUAUCGGUCUUGGCAAACAAGGAUUUAUUAAAAGAAAUUGUUCGUUUACUAAUUGCUUCGUAAUAUCAGCUAGAAAUCACUUCGGUGACUAUAGAAAAUUUCAUGCUGUAAUUUUUUCAAUAUCGGAAUUCGUAAAUUACGCUCCAUUUGAAUUACCUCUCCUUCGAUCUCAUCGACAAAAGUAUGUUAUGUCCAGUUAUGAAUCCUCUCAUUAUUAUGGGGCCUGCACCGACAGAUUUAAUGGAUAUUUCAACUGGACUUGGAGUUAUAGAUUGGACUCGGAUUGCAGAUGGGAGUAUAUCGCUGUUCGAGAUGUAAAUGGCAACGUUAUUGGGCCAAACAAAAUAAUGCAUUGGAUUAAAUUGGAGGACAUGAGACCUGUGAGUGAUGCGCUACGGAAGAGCUUACAGACCAAGACAAAAGCAGCAGCUUGGUUUGCAUCCAACUGUAUAACUAAAAGUCAGCGUGAAUUGUUUGUUAUGGAUCUCCAAAUCGAAUUGUCAGUGUAUAAUCAUACUAUUGAUACUUAUGGUCUAUGUGGAAAUUUGUCAUGUUCCAAAGGAAGCAAGCGUUGCUCGAAGAUGAUCGCAACGGACUACUUUUUCUAUUUAGCUUUCGAGAACUCUAUAAGUACAGACUACGUAACUGAAAAGUUAUUAUACGCACUUAGACAUAAUGCCGUUCCAAUUGUCUUUGGUAAAGCGAAUUACACGAGGUUCAUGCCAGAUGGAAUGUAUUUGAACGCACUAAACUUAGGCCCAAGAAAACUUGCACAGAAAAUGAUAUUUUUAAUGCAAAACCCAAAAGAGUAUGCGGACUACUUUAGAUGGAAGAACCAUUAUACUUUUCAUAAUAGGGAUGAGAGUGUGGACACUGACGGCGUUUGCGCUUUCUGCAAGUUGUUAAAUGAUGAAAAGAAAUUUAAAGAGAAAUCGGUUAUCAACAAUUUCCGAGAGUGGUGGAACUCCCCUGAUUUUUGUUAUAAAAAAAUUGGGAUUAUAGAUUAA